UCACUCCAAUAAAGAAUUGUUACACGACAGAGCUGUUAGCGUUGUCAAAUCCUAUCACUUGGCUCGUGGACCAAAGUGUGUGCUCAUCUAUUUCGGGUGACAUUAUGAGCUCUUCAGAUACAACAACACACAAUGAGUUUCACAAUGGGCCACUUCAUGACCUCAUUACUAGUGAAAGCAUUAGUAAAGAUGAAAGUUCUAUUCAAGAUCUGGCUCGCUACUUAUCAUGUGCAACUUCUUCUGAGAAAGAUACAAUGAUUAUGGAGAACAAAGGGAGCUUACCAGAUCCUUGCUAUAAUCAACAAACUGUCUUUAAUUCACUCCAGGAUGUCAACCAGGGUCCCAUGUGCAUCCCAGAUUCAAGUUACGGGACAUCUACUCCAGAGUCAACUAGUUCCCUACCCAGCAAUCAACAGUAUACUCCGAACACAUUUGGUUCUACCAACAUUCUAUACGCUACUUCAACAAAUACUUCUCUUGACCAGGGUCAUCUUCAGACUUUGCCCAGUGUGACAGGAAAUAAUGUCCAGUAUUUUCAUGAUGUUCAUAAUAAUCAGUACCAACAAGAAGAGAACAACUUGCAGUUUCAUUCAUCCACUGUUGGAGCAUUCCAAAAUCUUACUCAAACAGAUUCAACAGAUUUUCAAAGUACUUCAGUAUUGACCAAUUCUUUUUCACCAACAAACAGCACAGUUCACUAUAGUUCUAACCAAGGAAACCUUGGAUUCAGCAUGAUGGAUAUUAACCCCAAUCUUACUUCCAAUCAGUUCAAAACUCCAGAAAAAAUGCAUGUAGAUGAACCUGAUGGACUGUUCCAUCAAAGUGACAUGAACACUAACAAUAAUAAUGACUAUUUUCAAUUCAAGCCUGCUUCCACUGAAGCAAACAUGCAAACAUACCAAUCUGAGAACUGCCAACAACAGUCUGAAGCCAACAACUUUAUUCCAAUCAAUACUUUUACUCCAACUGUUGAAUCCUCUGCUAAUGGCUACACAUCUGGACUGGCUGUUAACUCAAGUACUGAGAACCUGUUUCCUGCUUCGUCUUUUGAUUCUAAUAAUUUUAUUUCCAGCGGUGGUCAGAAUCUUCAACCUUCCACUCAUUCUUUUCCAAGCUCCAACAACUCUGUGGCUAUGCAUUACUCCCCGCCGCAGCCUAUGAAUGAAGCCAACAGUCCCGACUUUGUGAUGCAGUCUUCUCCUAGUCCCAAUCAACAAUUUACAGAGCACCAAGCGUCCAACAGUCAGCAACCUGUACAGUCUACUACAGAUCUCUUGCUUGCCAAACAAAGUAUGGAAACAGCUGAGUCGUUGCCCAAUGAACAGAGUACAUUGUCCAAUUAUAGUGUCAAUCCAUCCUCUACAGUGCCCAUUUCUCAAUCAUCUUUAAUAGCUACGUCACUGUCAUCCAAUAGUUUCAUUAACUUUAGUGCUACUGACAAUAUUACUUUACAAGAUUUCAAUGGGAAAGCUUGCAGAGAGUUGGAAGGGACACAGUUUACAACUCCAUCAACAUCGUGUGCUGGACUCCAACACUUCCAUAAUGAGAGUGAUGCUUUUCCCCACUUAGACCUUCAGGCAGUAGUCAAUGGAAAUUUUGACUCCAGCAUAUCCAGGCAGUCUGACUCUCAGCCUGGGAUUUUUGCUGGUUAUCCUUUUGAAAACAAUGUUCAAUCUGUGAGUUUUUCAGAGUCAAUCUUGACUCCAACUCUUAACAGUAUUCCCUCUAACUCUGUUGAGUUUCUUAAUACUAGCACACCUGGCAUAGACUUUGAUCAGCAUAAUCAAUUGUCCAGAGCUAAUGCUGUGACCUUUGCACAAAACUUAUCCCAUUCUUCCAUACCAACUUCAGAAAUGCAAGGUGCUUUUCAUUUGCAAUCUAAUGAACUCCCUUCCAGUCAAAAGGAAUCCAAAUUACAGCCUACUGAAGUUUAUCCUCAGCCCAUGCAGGUCCAAGAAACUAAACCCACAGAUACUAGUUCAGUCUAUUCUUUUCAGGAUCAUCCUCAAGCAAAAGGAGGUAGCAUAGAAACUGCUAUGGAUAUCUCAUCCAACAUAAGCUUUGAAGAUAUUCAUAGAUCAAUUGUCAAAGCAGGCAAUAGUUUUAUCAAGGACACCAUUCAUCCAGGCUCUGAUUAUGUUCAGGAGUCUCAAUCAUUUUCUACUGAAUCUAAUUCUUUCUAUGACCUUAGUAAAUUGCAUUCUGUUCCCGAGACAUCCACACCCUCUACGCAAGUUAGUUUCACUUCAAACUCUGAUUAUAAUUCUAUGCUAAAUAAUUCCAGUGCUAUCCUAUUAACUGACUUGGUGACAUCAGUUAGCAAUAAUCAACCUCAUAGUUUUCAGGAAAUGCCUAAUUUUUUACAUACUCCAGUUGUCUCUGGACUUGAAUCCGAUGCUAAUACUAUGGAACAGCAAAUGAAAGUAAACGAUUCUCAGUCUUGUUUUAUCAGUAGUGUUAACAAUGCAGGCACUAGUCACACACCAAUUAAAACAGUCCAGGAAGAUGACAGAAACUCAGUUGUUCAAUCUUUGUUUCAGAAUUCUUUAUUGAUCAGUUCUGAAGCAGUGUCUUCAUCCAGUCUUCAGUCUCAGUUAAAUACUGCAUUGCCUAGCAAUGUGACUUUACUUGGAGAUGUCAACAGCACUUUGCCCAUUACAGAACAGAUAGAACCGAAGCCGAAUACUUAUAAUCUUGAAAACAGUGCUCAUUUGUCACAAAAACCACAGUUGACAACUAUAGUUAUUCCUACACUGGGCACAUCUUCUUGUGAGAAUGAGAACUCUCCGAGAACAUUUUCAUUAGAAGAAGUACAGAAAAUGUUGGCACAACAAACCUUAUCACAGAAUUCCUUUUCCAUGUCCCAGCAACCAACAUCUUUGCCACCAACGUUGGUGUUACAAAAACCAACAUCUUCAAAUGUACAAUGGUUGAAAUUGCAGCCACACCCAAGGCUCAUCAUUAAAGGCUCAACAUUUUCAAGUGCCCAGCGACCUAUUCAACCUCAACAACAGCUACAACAGACAAGAGAGAAACUUGUUCUUGUCCAGCAGUCAGCACAGUCUCAACUGACCAAUCCAUUGGAGGCUCAAAGAACUCCAGCUCCUCCAUUACAGCUUGUUGUUACUCCAAAAGAACAACCUCAAAUGCACAACAAACUGCAUCUAUUGCAGCCGACAGACCAGCAAACGAGGUUGUCGUUUCAUAUGAAACCCACUCCCACAAAGACAUCGCAGAGUCUGGUGUAUCAAGUAGUUUCAUCCCCUGAACAAUUCCGUACUUCAUUUCAACUGAGUGCACAAAAACAGAACCAAUCUGCUGUUUAUUUCACUCCACUUAGUUGUGCUGCACCGCCAGUGAAAAAAGAUCAGGAUCAUGAAAGGUCUGAGAGACAGUGUAGUGACAGUAUCAAGAAGGAAUACAAACAUUUACAUAGUCUGUUGACAGGAGACACUUCUGUACAGUCUUCUACUGUGCAUCCAGUUCUAAAUUUGUCCAACAAUCUUCAGAGUAGCCUGCAUUUAGCAAGUGGAUCAUCAUUAGGACUCUCUAAUACAUGUCCAAGUUCUAAGCCAACUCCUACCUCUGCACCAUUUUCAUUUCUUCCACUGAGUACUUCCUUAUCACUUCCAACUCUGAGCUCCGCCUGCAUAUUCGUACCUUCUGUUUCUGCAGCUACUUCCACAGCCAGUGCUCCAGUCUUCAACUUCUCUAAUGUUUUCUCUUUGUCAUCUACGUCAACUGAAUUAAAAGAUAUCAAAAGUGAGGCGUCUAACUCUAACAUUUUGCUACUACCUGAGGCUGUGCCAACUACAGAUGGUAUGAAAUUAGAAAGCUCACAAGUAAAUGCUACUGUCUCUAGUCAAGUGUCAUUGGAUAGAAAAAGGUCCCAUACACCAUUAAGUGUAGAUAUCCAUAGUCCAAACUCUAACUCUGAGACACCUUCACCGUUGUCUUCUCCCGUUCCCAUUGAAGAUGGAAAUACGCAGGCAACAUUGAUUGAACGCUCAGCUGACCUGCACAUUCAAUCAGAUACCAUGCAGGCUGUAAAUGAUGACGACGAGAAUGCGUCUUUUUUUGACAUAAAUUCUUUCCACAAGCGUCCAUCUACUGAAGAAGUGCUGACCUCCCGUAGGAAUGAAGAGAACGUUCCCAUAAAAAUUUUGAAGGGUUCCUUGAAUGCUGAUGCUCGUUCUAGUGUCCAGCCUUCCUUGUCACCAGAACAAACCUUUGAUAUUGGAAGUGUUGUCAGCACAGCUUCAAGUUUCUCAUUUGCAUUAGGUGAUAAGGAAGAUAAUUCAGAAAUUUUUACAUUUGGUUCUGGUAAAAUGGGUGCUUCAACGACAGAAUCUUUAAAAUACAAGAGUGGCUCCAAGCGGGGGCUAUCACUGAACAAAAGUUCAGUUAAAACACCAAGAGCCCCAGUACCUACCCAACAUGUGCGGCCUGUUACCAGAAAACAGUUUAGCCUGAAGGCGUACUACCCCAGCAAAAUAGAAAACAUGGAGCUUAAAAUUGUUGAGCAGCCAGAGAGUCACCAUAGGGCUCGUUACCAGACUGAAGGUAGUAGGGGGGCCAUCAAAGAUGCCAGCCAGCAAGGUUUCCCCAUUGUAAAGCUUGUUGGCUAUAACAGAGCAACAAAGUUACAAGUAUUUAUUGGGGAUGAGAGUGGCAGAGUUAAGCCCCAUGGGUUCUAUCAAGCUUGUCGUGUCUUUGGGAAAAACUCUACAGCUUGUACAGAACAAGAGAUUGAAGGAACUACAGUCAUUGAAAUAGAUCUUCUACCAGAGAACCAUAUGACUGUCAAAAUGGACUGUAUUGGUAUAUUGAAACUGAGAAAUGCAGACGUGGAGAGAAGAAUUGGAGCUAAACGAGCCAGAGAUAAAAAAAAGAAUAAUACCAAGGCCCGUCUAGUAAUGCGUGCCGCAGUUGAGAAAUUAGAUGGCUCCGUUCAUAUAUUACAGGCUGUCUCUAACCCUGUGGUGUGUACUCAGCCAGUUGGUCAGCCAGAAAUCUGUCGAAUGAGCAUCUCAGAAAGUAGCACUAGAGGUGGAGACUCACUUUUUAUUAUUGGUAAAAACUUCAAGAACAAAGGCACUAGUGUCUUGUUUCAAAAGCUAGACCUGAACGAGGAAGUUAUUGUUUGGCAAGCAGAAGCAGAAAUAGAUCAGGAAUUCUUUCAGCCGACUCAUUUAAUCUGUAAAGUGCCUGCCUAUAAAGAUGAAAUGAUCACAAAGCCUGAACAAGUACAAAUUGUUGUGAGUUGUGCUGGCAAGAUAAGCGAUGCUCAAGGAUUCACUUAUAAACCAGUUUAUCAAGUGGCCCAUAGUGUCAAACAGGAGAUUGCCAUGGAAACUGAUGGAAUAACUUUAGCUAAAGCCUUACCAAUUGUUUCCCCUGAAGCUCUUCAGUUAAACCAAAUGGUACUAGAGAGUUCUAGCCCCAACAGUAUAUUCCAGUUACCAGCAGGAACAGUACCCUCUCUGCAAAGCUCUUCUCCUGUCUACACUUUGCCAACACUAUCUGAGAACACUGUACCUGAUACUGACAGGAGGCAAGUUCAAAGAUCAGUAAUGCCAACUGAUGUUCAUAUUUCAGUUCAUAAACAUUCUGACAUGUUCAGUGCUGGGCCAUCAUCCUAUUCUGUAAGUGGUAGUAGAGGCCCAUCAAACUCUGGUCCAGUUAAUAGAGACACAUCAAGCAGCUGUUCAAUCAGUAAAGACACUCCAAGUUCAGUGAAUGUGGACAGCAACUCAGUGGAGGGGCAGAGUGUUACAACAAAUCAACCUAAUGUACAGAACUCCAGCCUAGAGUCAACUCUCUCUUCUAAACCAAUUGUAGUUGUACUAGAUACUGGGAAUUUACCAUCGGAAUCAGGUUGUAAAAUACAACAGUUGUUGCAACAGAUUCUAGAAGCUCAAAAUAAAAAAUGAACAGCCCUGUUAAGGAUGGGGAUUAGGAUAACUUCAUUGGUGUGAAGGACUAAUUCAUAUUGAACUAAGCAAUAGACCUGAAGAUGGACCCAUUCAUGUUGUAUUGGACUCAGCUAUAGAACUGAAGAUGCUCAUUUUACUUUAAUACUACUAAUAAGACAUUGUCCAAAUAUUUGUUAUGAUUGCAAAAUUUUUUUAUGGCUAUGAAGGCCCAGCUGUGAGUUAUAUAUUUUGCUAUAUCUAACAACUAGCCAGAUAUUACCCGCUGCCCGCGGGUCUUAACUUGCGUAUUGCUGAUAUAGUCACUGAUAUAGUGCAAUAGAAACAAUUGAUUAAGCUAGUGACUGCUAGGGGUCAAUUCAAGGGUUCUUUUUCAUGCCAGUGAGAGUAAGCUGACACCUGACAUGAUCUUCUAAAUGACUCCACAGAAAUCCUCUUUGAGCUAAGCAAAAAAGAUUGUCUUCAGCAUAUGCCUCUUGCAAUCCCACCAGAACAUGAUUUGCGUAGUCUUACUAUUUUAUGGCUAGAAUAGUGCCCUGUUACUUCUAGUAACUUUAGACGCUUUCUUUGUAGCUUCCAGAGAGCCAUGUGAAAACUGUUGCCUGGUAGCCUGGGAAAGGGGACUGAACGGGCUGCUGGCUUUAAUGGUUGACUAUUUGUCUUCAGAAGUGAUAUGUUGUUUUAUACUAAUUAACACUGAUAUUAAAUUGAUCAAACAUAUUAAUAGAAAAAUUCAUGUGAGGGCCGUGUUGAUAUAUAACAUUACAAUGUUUAGGGUUGUAUUGUGAACCAUAAUGGGUUAGGGUUGUUAUGUAAUGUUUUGGAUUGUAGUAAAAACUCAUCUGACCUGGACAGUGUUUACCUUUGAUGAAAUAUUUAGGAUAGUAUUAGGACCCAUGAUCUAUGACUGCCCUAUUUGGUCAUGGUUAGGGUUAUGGUUAGGCUUGUAAUCUUCUCGUUUUAUUUCUUAAAUGUUUUAUUUCUUUAAAUUUGUCUGAUUUAUAAUUUAUGCUUCACUAGUGUUAGGGCAUUCGUAAGAGUGUUGGACUUCACAUUAGCAACAGUCGGUUUUGGUGUGACUAAAGAGGAAACGGUGAGCUAACAGCAUCCUUGACUGCUCAUUAUUGUACAGAUUUUGUUACAAUAUGGUAGCAGUACUUAUAAGCAAAAACUGCUCAUAAAAAAAAAACACAAAAAACAUGUUAUGAUGUGACACCAGUACUUUUUAAUGAUGAAUUAAAGAUAAAACAAAAGAUGCUCUUCUUUUAACAUCUGUUAUGAUUUUAAAGAAAUGUGUAAUGACUAUGACAUUGUAUUAUGACUUGCUUUUUUUUUAUUUUAAUAAUUUGUUAUUAUAUUUGGUGUUUUUUUUUUUUAUGCACAUGAAACCUUUGCAAGGUUCAUAUUGUAGAGGUAUAUAAAGAAUGAAAUGAGUUGAAGAUGUAAGAUAAUUAUUUCAAACAAAAUAUUGGUUAAACUAACCAAAGACAUAAAAAAAUGCUUAUUUAUAAUUUUUCUGGGGAGAUAAAGUUUAUACAUCUUAAUUUUUUUUUCUUUUCUAUUUUAUGUUUAAAUUUUAAUUGAACAUAUUUAUAUACAUUUCCAUACAAAUUGUUCAGAGGCUAAAAAUUAAAUUUGACCUUAUGAAAUCUGUGUUCAUUACACACACACACACACACACAAAUUCUGACAAACUAAUAGUUUAUAUUAGCGUAAUUUUGAAAAGGUAACAUUCCAGUCAUCUGCUAUUAAUUUUUCUUUGUUAAUAUUGUAUAGAGUAGAGAAAAUACUGAGAUAACCUUGAUGUAGUUCUUCACUAAAGAAAACUAUAAAAAUAUUGUCUCCACCCCAGCCCCAAAUCCUUUUCUUGCUUUUACAUUGACACAGUAGUCUUGUGUUGUUUUUUUUAAAGAGUCAAUGAUGCUUAGUGUAGGUGAAACAGCCAUUUCUGCACAAACCAAUAAUGUACUACAAGUCCAUGUAGCAACAAGUUGCUCAGUUGACACUUGUGAUUUCUUGAGGAUGUUUCAGUAUUUAUAUUUAAAAAAACUGGGUGUAUUUUAUUCUUAUGUAUAGUAUAUUCCCUUCAAUGAAGGGCUGAAUGGUUCGUCUGUCUUUGUGUUAAAACAUUAAUGUGUAUAUUUUAUGGAAUAAAAUGUAAACCAGACCAAACUGUAUUGUUUUUACACCAUCAGUAAACUGUUUGGAGAGUUGAGUGACAAAUAAAUGGGCUACACUUUUACAUAACAUUGGAUUCUACCUGAAGUAUUGUAUGUAACAAGGGAUGUGCUGUCUGGAACAUUGGAAUGAAAGAUAAUUGAUAUUAUAAUGUCAUUUUUUAACAUGAUAUAGUCACCAUAGACCAGUAUUAUUGAAUGUCCUACAUUUACCAAUACAUCAUAGUGAUUUGAACUAACCACAAAUGUCUCUGUUGAAUGAAUUUAUACGUUAGUCCACUUAAAAUCAUUCGCCUUCUUUUAGGGCUUUAAUUUAAUGUCUUCCUGGACAUUU